UCCAUUGGUGUAGUGGAAGAGAUAAUUAGUUAGGGGAAUAGGUUUACAGGCACGAGAAAAAAAACUGUCCAUGUGCUGCACAGCAAAGUCAGUUCUUAGGGCGAGAAACUGUUUUGGUUACAGACAGUGUUAGGGUGAAUGUCGUAAGGUGAAAGAUUUGUCAAGAGGGAGGACUGACUGCCUUUAAAUGUUCUGCUGCCCUGUUCUGAAUAAGGGUUUCUUCUUGGAGAGAGGAGUUAGAGAGUGCAGGAAGGAGUUCUUGGAAACCUGUUGCUGUGCAGCUGGUCUGAGUGAAGCAGCAGACACGAUAACCGCUGUUGAUUAUGACGUGAAUGAUGGAUACUUUGAUGCCAUACUAGGAGCUGUCAUUGCUGCUGUGGUCCUGGUGCUUCUUUGCUUGGCAGUGGUAGUGAUUCGCUACAUGUACCGGCACAAGGGCACCUACCACACCAACGAGGCCAAGGGCACUGAGUUUGCCGAAACAGAGGAUGCGGCACUUCGAGGCGACCCGGCUCUGCAGGAUGCCAUGGACGAGAGCAAGAAGGAGUACUUCAUCUGAUCUCAGGAGGGGCAACCUCUGCUGUUUACAAUUCACUUUAGUCUCCCAAAAGAAGUGUCUUUUGGGGUUGGAGGAUAGAAAGCUUGGAGAGGGGGUGAAAAUGCCCUCGCCAUAUUGAGGCUCAGAGUGACUGAUCAGACAAUCUACCAAAGAAACAUCAGAUGAAUCUUACGAUAAUAUCAAUUCAGUAUUCUUCCCCCCUACCUGUUUUUCUCUCCAAUAUAUUUGGCAUAUCACCAAGCAUAUAUACUUUUCAAAACACUGACUUUGCUUUUAGGAGGCUAUAUUUGUCAUGCAGAGCAUCUUCCCAUGGGGAACUGUCAGGAAAAAAGCAUCUUAUGAGGAUCUAAGGCACCCAUAGACACCAAUGCCUUCUGUGGAAAAAGCAAGAGUAUUCCUGCAACACAGAAUUGGAAUUCACAAAUAUUAAUAGACCCUUCUCAAAGAUGUCUAUGAUGAAAGUCAAGGAAGUGAAUUGAUGCAGAAUUUCUCUGCAAGCUCACAAAACUAACUGUAUUUACUAAUGGUAUUGAAACUAAAGCAAAAUACAUUUUGGAAUGAAGAAACCUCUCAACAAAUUGUCAGAUCUGUCAGCAAGCUCAAAGUGUGCCUCUGCUCUCAAGUGCAAUGCUACGGAGGAAAACAUGGAACAAAUGAUGUUGAAGGAAGCAACUUUUACUGUACGAACUGAAUCACCAAUGGGCCCUUACCAAAAUCCUGAAUAUGGCUGGUUGCUCCCGGAACUACUUUUGAAUAACUUUUGUUUGGAUUGUGAAUGUCAAUUUGUGAGUGUUCAAGGGAAUGCCUUUAGCAUUGAUUAAUAACUAGUUAAUUACAGAUCCAAAGAGAUAAAGAGAGAGCUAAACAAGCUAAAACUGCAGGAAGACCUUGCCUGAUGAGGUUAGUUGUGAAUACCAAAGUGAUGCUCUGUCCUGGACAGGGAGGACCAGGGUUCAAACAGGUUCCUAAUGACAUUUUUUCCCUAGCACCCUGUCCACUGACUAAAGUCAAUUCCAAGUAUAUUGACAUGCUAUUUGGAUAGCCACAGAAAACCAAACAUAUUGUGGUCUUUCCAUCUUGAUUUGGGCAUAAAAAUUACACUAACUAAUAAAAGUAUUGUGCGGUUUGUGUCCAUAAAAUGUUUAGCAUGAACAUUAUAGACUGGACAUGUUUUGGAUUGAUGCAGAAUUCAAUGAUGACUUUGUAAGCACCAGAGGUUCCUGUAUAAAUGUCUGAGGGUGGAUAAGUGUUGUGAUCUGGUCAAGACUGUAACCCUAUUUGUAGAACUAUUUGUGGGACUAUUUCUUGGAACACUGUAAUGAUGCUUUUUAAAUUGCCUUGCUAAGGAAAAAUAUUAAAGUACAACUCAUUCUCAACUA